GGGACGUGGAGGGGGAGGCCAGGGCAGCAGGAGUAGAGAGAACGCUUCGCCAUGGAAUAUGAAGUCAAGAAAGGGAAGAAGGGCUUUGUGUCCCCCAUCCGAAGGCUAGUGUUCCCCAAGGCUGGGCGCAGGGCAACCUUUCGGAGCAGUGUGAGCCGCCGACCACUGCACUCGAUGCCCCUGUAUCCCCCCGACUACCUAAUCGACCCCCAGAUUCUGCUCUGUGACUACUUGGAGAAAGAGGUCAAGUUCCUAGGCCACCUCACCUGGGUGACCUCCUCCCUGAACCCCUCCAGCCGGGACGAACUCCUGCAGCUGCUGGACACGGCCAGGCAGCUGAAGGAGCUGCCGCUGAAGACCACGGCGGAGCAGGACAGCAUCCUGAGCCUGUCGGCCCGCUGCUUGCUGCUCACCUGGCGCGACAACGAGGAGCUCAUCCUGCGUAUCCCCACGCACGAGAUCGCCGCCGCCUCCUACUUGCAGGACGACGCGCUGCACCUGCUGGUGCUCAAGACCGGGCUGGGCGUGGACCCGGUGCCGGCCGGUGUGGACGCCAGCCCCGGCGGCGCGGGACGCGACCCCGGCCCGCCGGGCGCGGUGCCCGAGAAGCGGCGGGUGGGCACUACGGAGCGGCGCCACACCAUCUGCAGCCUGGACUGGCGGAUGGGGUGGGGUGGGGGCGCGGGCGCCGAGGCCCGGGCCGGGGGCGGCGGCGGCGGCAGCCUGGAGCGCCAGCGCGCGGGAGUGCGGGCGUCGGGCAGCUGGGAGCGGCGGCAGACGUUCAGCGGGAGCUGGGAGCGGCGGCACGGCGGCGGCGGCGGCGCGGGCAAGCCGGGCGGCAGCUGGGAGCGGAGGCAGGCGGGCGCCGGCGGCAGCUGGGAGCGGAGGCAGGCGGGCUGCGGCGGCAGCUGGGAGCGGCGCCACCCGGGCUCCAACCCGCUCGACCCUCAGGACCCCAGUCCCGACGCCUACUGCAACCUCGUCAUCCUGGCUGUAGCUAACAGGGAUGCUGCCGAGGAGUCCUGCGCCCUCAUCUGUCAGGUCUUCCAGAUCAUCUACGGGGACCAGAGCAUCGAGUGUGUGGACCGGGCCGGCUACCACUACACGUCCACACCCGAACGGCCGUGGCUCUGCAGCCGCAGUGAGAGCUGCCGCACAGAUGGGACUUAUGCCUAUGACGCCGACUUCAGCUGCUGCAGCUCCUUCAACGGCUCCCAGGACACCUUCGAAGCAUGUUACAGCGGCACGUCCACACCCUCUUUCCAUGGCUCCCACUGCAGCAGCAGCGACCAUAGUGGCCUGGGCCUCGAGCAGUUGCAGGAUUAUAUGGUCACGUUGCGGAGUAAGCUGGGGCCCCCCGAGAUCCAGCAGUUUGCCCUGCUGCUACGGGAGUACCGGCUGGGGCUGCCCAUCCAAGACUACUGCACAGGCCUGCUGAAGCUCUACGGAGACCGGCGCAAGUUCCUCCUCCUCGGGAUGCGGCCCUUCAUCCCGGACCAGGACAUCAGCUACUUCCAGGGCUUCCUGGAGGGCGUGGGCAUCCGCGAGGGCGGCAUCCUCACCGACAGCUUCGGCCGCAUCAAGCGCAGCAUGAGCUCCACGUCGGCGUCGGCCGUGCGCAGCUACGACGGCGCGGCCCAGCGGCCCGAGGCGCAGGCCUUCCACCGGCUGCUGGCUGACAUCACGCACGACAUCGAGGCUCUGGCCCCCGACGACGACGACGACGACGACGACGAGGGCGAAGACGAGGAGGCCCGGGGCUCCCUGGGCAGGGGCGAUGCAGCCGAAGACAACUACCUGUAGCUGCCGCCAAUGCGGAAGACGGGGAAAGGGGGGAUGGCCCUGCACUCCUGGCCUCCAGGCCUCACGCUCUCUUGCCCGUGGGCCCUCAUCCCCAGGAACCCCUCCUCCCGUCCGUCCUCGCCCCAGAGCCUCCUUGCGAUCCCGAGAAUAGCCUGAGGGGGGCGAUGAAGUCUGGUCAGUCGCCCGAGACUGAGCAGGCCCUUCAGGCAGCCUGGGGAGGGCGCGAGGUCCUGCUUUGCCCCCCUCGCCCAGCCCCCAGGACCUCCUUCCCUCCCGGUGACUCCGCAGCUUUCUGGAGGAGGAGGAAGGCUGAGGGGUGGGCUCCACCUGCUGGCAGACCGAGAAAAGAAUUCCUAGAUUCCAGAGACCUCUGUUGGUCUUAUUUUACAGUUUGGGAAACUGAGGUUCAAAAGAGGGAAGGGAAUCAGGAGUGGAAUCUCCUGAUUUUCCUCAGACGUCCCUCAAGCUGAGCAUACUAAAUGUUACAGAUGGUUAUUUAAGACUCUAAGCAGCAGCGUCUCCUCCCUUGGUGGCAGAAGUUGGGUCAUCCACGUGGACAGAGGUUUUCCUCCACUGAGGGUUGACUCAGAGGCUGGUGACCUGGGUUCCAGGCCUGGGCCUGACACUCUGAACGAGUGCUUCACCCUAGGGGAUCUCAGCUUUGGAGGCAGCAGACUCAGGGCUCCUGUCUGGCUAGCUCCUGGCCUCCCUGUGCCUCCCACUUCCUCAUCUGCCGGAUGGGGACGUCCUGCUUCCCUCACAGGGGAGGUUGUGGGGAUUAAUGAAGGUCAAGACCUUGGUUUGGCGUCUAGCCCAUGACAGGUGCUCAAUAAAUGAUGGCUCCUUGCACAGCAAACACUCUUGGACUCGGUUCACCUGUCCUGCCUGGGUGCAGUGGGAUGGGACUGAGGUAGGGGAGAGGUGUAUGGAGGCCCUCAGGGAGCUCACAUAUUGGGGAGAGGGUACCCGACUCCCCCCUCGCAGCUCUAUUACAGCCUAACUCUGUGAUCAAGCCAGCCCCAAAUGGGAAAAAAAGCAAGAUCCCACAGACAGCCAUCGUGGGGGGUUGGGUAGUCAAAGAAGUCUGAAGAGGGGUGUUGGUUGAAAAGGUAGAGAAGUAGGAUAAGGACCACACUCAGGGAACGAGGUACAGCCUGAGGAAAGGCUCGGGGUCUAAAGGGAACAAGGCCAGAGACUUGCACAGAAAAGCUAAAUUUAUUUGUAAACCUUUCCAGAGCCCUCCAUAGACAGACACAUGGUACUUACCCUGAGGUAAAUCACCAAUAUAAAAGUAAAAGCAUUAUCAUUAGGACUUCAAAUCCAAAGAGUUCCAUGAUUCAUGUCCAGUUUGAGGCAAAUGACCAUCCCAUCAUCACUGCUCCAUGCAAGGCCCUUCUGAUGUUUAUUUUGUUUUCUUUUCCCCCUUCAUUCCCACAUCCCCACCCCUUACCCUUCCCCACCCUGGGAACAUACUCUUAUGUGUUGAUAAAUGUCCCUGGAUAUAAAAUACAUGGUGAUUUGUGUAUGUUUUCAUACUAUAUGAAUGCAGUGUCAAAUACUAAUGGUAUUAUAUAAGGA